AUGGAAGAAGUGGAUUCUAUAAUAAUACAUUUUUUAAGACAUCUUAAUAUUGAAAUUAGUGAAGAUAUAAAAAAUAUUAGUGACCUACCAGUAGAUACAAUAGUAGAUUCAGCUACAAGAUGUAUAACUGCAAUAAACUCUCAAUUCAAAGUCCCAAAUAAGUUGCCUUCCAGUGUAUCACAAAGAAUUGAAAUUGCAGCACAAGUUGCAUCAUUGUGUAAGGAUCUAGGCUAUCAGAAUGAUGUUGGAUACCAAACAUUCCUCUAUCAUAAUGAAACAGAAUUAAGGCAAGUUUUUAUGUUCCUUAUUGAAAAACUACCAAGUGAAGACAAGAAAAUAACAACAAAAGUAAAACCCACCAACAGAAAACACCAGAUUCUUCAAGAUAUUAGUAAUAAAAUUGGGGAAGAUUUAGAUACCAUAUGGAUACCACCAUGUUGCAAGGUUACUGUGAAAAAUGCUUUAGGAGAUUAUGCAUAUAAUCAAGAUCAAUCACUAGAUAUAAGAAUAAGUUCUGAAGAAAUCACUGAGAAGAUUAAUAAACUCAAUGAAAUAAAAAAUGCAAAAGCAAUAACUAUUAAUACAGAAAAAUCAAACAGUGUUCAUAUCUCUAACAAUGAAGUAGGUGUAACAUAUGAAUAUGACUCUGAGAAAACUUUAAAAGAAUUGAAAGAAACAUCAAUUUUACUUCGACAAAAACUUGACAGACUUGAAAGUGAAAGAAACCUAAUGGAUGUAGAAUUUUUGCAGGUGCAAAAGAGAUGUGACCAAUCUGAGGCUGAUUUAAAUAAUGUAGGAAAUAUUUUACAUAGUGUUGGCAUCACUGAAGCUGAAUCAGAUGAUACAAACAAUAUUUUAGAAAAAGUGCAUAAAAAUAUUAACAUGCUCCAUAGAAAAAGUGAGGAACUGACCUCUAGGAACCUUUCACUAAAACUUGAAAUUGAAAAAUUAAAAACUUUAAAUAAUUCAUCAGAUAGUGAAAGAAACAAAUGUAGAAAUACUUUAAUCAACCUAAAAGACACUGCUAAAUCUAUUAAAGAAGAAUGUGAAAAAAAAGAAGAAUUAAGAAAUAUACUAAAAGUUAAAUAUGAGAAAUUAAAGGGUGGCAACAAGAGACAUAUUUAUACAAAACGAAUACUGGAAAUAAUAGGUAAUGUAGAUAAACAGAAUGCGGAAAUAAAAAAAAUCUUAGAAGACACCAGACAGCUUCAAAAGGAAAUCAAUACUCUAGAAGGUCAACUAGACAGAUGCUUUUCUAUAGCAGAUGAAACUUUGUUCAAAGAUGCUAAGAGAGAUGAUCAAGCAAAAAAAGCAUAUAAACUACUGGCCUUAUUGCAUUCAGAGUGCAACACUAUUGUGACUCUGGUAAAUGACACCGGCAUCUUAUCCAGAGACAUCAUCGACUUAGAAGAAAAUAUCAAGGCUGAGAAAUCUAAGAGAACUGAAGAUAUAUUGAAGAAAAUACAGUUAGAUCUUACAAAACUACAGAAGGACAAC